AUGGGCCUCUUCAGCUUCCUGGCCAACAGGAGGGCGACUGGCGACAGCCCUGGCAUCGCGAGACUCCAGGCCGCCCACGACAACGCCCUCAUCCUAAAGGGCCAUGCCUAUGAUUCCGCCGCCGCAGCCCUCCCUCCCGCUGUCGGGAACAUGCCCGUCGCUGGCAACGGGCCCAAGACCCUGCACGACCUCAGGCUUGCCGCCGCCCGCAAGCAGAGCGUCGCCAGCCUCCCCGCCUCCAACGCAUCUGCGCCCUCCCCCAAGGCCUCCCGUCGCCGGUCCAGGAGCGCCAACCGACCCAAUACGGCGCCCACCCACGCACCACUUCUUCCUCAUCACCGCCCCAAGUCAGCUAACCCCAACUCGCCGCGCCACGGCUCCUUCAGGCUUUCCGCCCUGCCGACAUCGAAGAAGACGACGCCCGGUCCGCCCUAUCUGCUGGGCAUCGUCGGCCCCGACGCCUCCGGGGAUAGCAGUGAUACCGCAGACCUCUCCGCCUCGGUGCCCUCGGUACCUCCGGUCCCCCGGAUCGCCCCCCACCGUAAGGAUGCCGCUAGCUCACCUCGCUCGCCGAGGUUCAAGCCUAUGCCUCUGAGCAUCAGCCACCCACCCGUCUCGCCCAGCAUGCCGGCCACGCCUGUUCGCAGCGGUCCCGUGCGCGGUCACAUCGAUCUUCUCGAUGCCCAGGGCGCCUUGAAGCCCUCGGACUUCAAGACACGCCUGCAGGCCGCCGGCGCCCGAGACUAUGGAGAGGACGUGGCCGAGCGCAAUAUUGGCGGCGGCGGCGUCGACCUCAAGUGCCCCGCUGUCGCCGCCUUCUACGCCCUUACCGGUGGUGGCCCGCUCGCCUACAAGUCCGACGGUAGUGCCGUCGAUGUUCACGGCAACCGCUACGCCGCCGAUGACAUCCCGGACAACCUGUCCACCCGCGUUCAGGGCAAGGACAGCGACGAGCUACCGGCCCCCGUGAACGACAGCAUCCAGACACGCAGGUUCCCCGCUCGCUCCUCGAGCCUCGAUCCCCGCCAUGCCUUCGCCCUCGACGACUCGGCCGUCCCUGGAACCGCUCGCGGACCGUCCUCUCCCAUGGCUGAUAAAGUUGCCAUGGCCAAGGAGCAGCGUCGCAGGUCGGUCCACGGCGGCUUCUCGUCGCCGGCCACGUCUCAGCAGCCACCGCCCAGGACGCGGCCUAUGAGCAUGCACCCGCUGAGCCAGCAGUCAUCGUUUGACGAGCCUGCCGAUGUUCCCGACAUCCCUCGUGCCAGCAGCUCGAUUCCGGGCAAGUAUAAGAGUACGUCUUUAUCCGAGGAUAUCAGCUCGUCAGCUUCGCGCCGACGCAGCGGGUCGCAGCAGUCGCGCAAGACCCGCCCGAGGGCCCACGACGACUUUCAAGCGGCCAUGGAUUUUGACGCCCUAUCCGGUGGCGAGGAUAUCUCCACUGCACCGUACCAAUCUCGCCCACAGCCCCGUCAAGACCCUCUCCACAACAGCCAGCCAUCCCGCUCCUCGGCCCCGCCGAUAUCCCACCCCCGCAAACGCUCCGUGGGGAUGCGGACCCAGCUUGACGACAUCAGCGAGGCCCUGCCCAGGACCUCGACCACCUCAUCGGGCCAUCACCGUCUCGGCAGCCGUCAUGCGGCCCGCUCAUCCCUCGAAUCGGGCCACUCUAUCUCCGCAGACACGAACCGACAUAGGCGACGCAGUGAGCGGACUGGGAGUGACACGAGUACAGGCUCUGCACGGCCGGCGGACCUGUACCUGCGCAGUAGGAGCAGUGCGAGCACAUACCACGGCGGUCGUCGCACUGGCCACUCCUUUCACGCACAGCCGGAGGGAGACCCGCCAAGUCCCAUCGACGGGUAUGCCACCAGCACGACUGACAGCUUGGAUAUCGACUACGACCUGGACGUGCGGCGCCGACGCCAGUGUGAGGACGAGGAUCUGGUCUUCAAGGAGAGCGACUAUGACUCCGGAUUCGGACUCCCCGGGCUCGGAGGCUUCGGCGGCGGCCUCCCGGGACUGUUCGACGGCGGCAUGGGCGGCUUCAUGGGCGCGGAAGAUGACGAUUACGACGACGACGACGACCUUGCUCCUCCCAUGUGGUCGACGACUAUCCAGACAAUUCCUCGGGAGCAGAACCAGACAGGACAGCAGUCGAGACGGUCGAGCCGGUCGAGCCGCAGCCGCGGCCGCAGUCACAACCGCAACCGCAGCCGGAGCCAGACGGCCGCCCUCCCUCCCCUUCCGACAUCCGCACCCCGUUCCAUCGUCGACAUGAUGAUGCCCACCGUUCCCGCCAAGACCAGUUCCAUCUCCCGCACCGCCUCGCCGGCGACGUAUCCCACCUUUGACUACGACGACGACGACGACGACGACACAUCGUCAUUCAUGUCCGAGUCUGACCCAGACCACAUCCUCGCUUCGGGGUCAGGAACGGGAACCGCGGGGACCAAAUCCUCGUCAGCGGAGACGGACAGUCUGAGCAUCGUGGGCGCGCCGUCGGCCGGCCCGUCGAUGAGCAAGACUGGCCCGCCGUCUGGCCCGGAUGACGACCACACCACUACGGCUGAGGAGACAGACGUCGACCUUGACAAGGGUCAGGGCCACGGCACCGGCAGCGUGGAUGCCCGACUGGCGCAGCACAUGCGUCGGGAAGCCCAACGGAGGCAGCAGACUGCUUCUCACGGUGGGCCUAUCGAGACCAAGAGGGCUAUGGAUAGGUCUGUACUUUCAGAAUUGAAGUAUUGA